CUACUCCUCUUCAUCUCCCUCCUCGAAACCCUAGAAAGAGAGAGAGAGAGCUCUAGAGAGAGAGAGAGAGAGCUUGGAGACCUCCGCUUCUCUCUCCUCCAGCUCUCUAAUGGCGGCGGCGUCCGCCUCAUCGUCGUCUCCUUCUCCCUCGUCCCCGCAGGGGGUGGCGGAGCGGAGGGGGAUCCCCGCGGCGUCCUUCGUGGAGGACGUGGAGACCUACCUCAAGCAAUCGGGGCUCGACGUGAACUCCUCCCUCGCCUUCCUCCAAGAGAGGCUUCAGCAGUACAAGAUAGUUGAGAUGAAACUUCUAGCACAACAAAGAGAUCUUCAGGCAAAAAUUCCAGAUAUUGAGAAGUGCUUGGAUAUAGUUGCCACAUUACAAGCUAAAAAGGGUUCUGGUGAGGCCCUUAUUGCUGAUUUUGAAGUUUCUGAGGGGAUCUAUUCACGUGCACGAAUUGAAGACGCUGAUUCGGUGUGUCUUUGGUUGGGAGCAAAUGUGAUGUUGGAGUAUUCUUGUGAAGAGGCCGACGCUCUUCUGAAAAAGAACUUAGAAAAUGCAAAAGCCAGUUUAGAAGUCCUUGUCGCUGAUUUGCAGUUCCUGAGAGACCAAGUAACCAUCACUCAGGUCACGAUCGCGCGGGUGUACAACUGGGAUGUUCACCAGCGACGAACCAAACAAGCCACAAAAGAAACAUGAGAUACGCAUCUGGCGCUUUCCGACGCUGCAACAACGGGCUUCUGCCGACCUCUCCAUCCCCGCGCCUGUUUUUGAUCUUGUCGCCAUUACCGACGCCGUUUCUCUCAUUGUAGAAUGUUUGUUUAAAUCCGUCGUUGGGUGUUGUUUCUCUUUGAAAUUACGGUUAUCGGUGUGGAUUAAACUGGUAUUUGUAGGAGAUUUUAUUAUGUAUUCUGCGGCGAAAAAGUUCAGAAGAUCUGAGAUUGGUAUUACUGCUGGAGAAAAUUUUCCUGUUUGUUAUUUUU